CAGCGGUCCUGGUCAUGGGCAAGGAGGGGCCGACCCCCCGUGGGCGAGGCUGUCUGGCGGCCCUGCUCUGGCUGCUGCUGCUGCUGCCGCCCCCGGGCAUGCGAGGGUCCUGGUCCGCGGCUUCCCGCGCCCCCGCCCCAGCUUCAAUCGAGGCAGCAACUGAGAAGCCCCGGCGGCCGGCAGGUGGCACUCAGCGGUUGGCGCCGGGAGCAGCCUGUGGGAGGCCCAAGAUGAUGGGGAAGAUCUAUGGUGGCCGGGACGUGCUGGCUGGCCGGUGGCCUUGGCAGGCCAGCCUGAUGUACCACCACACACACAUCUGUGGAGCUGUCCUCAUUGACUCCCUCUGGCUGGUUUCUACUGCCCACUGCUUUCUCAACAAAUCCCAAGCCCCGGCAGACUACCGGGUCCUGCUGGGAAGUACACAGCUGCACCAGCACGGCCAGCACGCCCGGGAGGUGUCCCUGAGCCGCAUCAUCACGCACCCAGACUUUGAGAAGCUUCACCCCUUCGGGAGUGACAUAACCAUGCUGCAGCUGCACGCGCCUGUGAACUUUACCUCCUACAUCGCCCCCGCCUGCCUCCCGAGUCCCGGCAUGCAGCUGUCCGGCAACCUGUCCUGCUGGAUAACAGGCUGGGGGAUGCUCACCGAGGACCAACAUCUGCACUCGCCCUUCCGUCUCCAGGAGGGUAACGUGAACCUCAUCGAGAACCAGGUCUGUAACAUGUUAUAUAGACGAAAAUUUAGCCACAGCAAGACCUACUUUGUGCAAGAGGAGAUGCUGUGUGCUGGCAAUUUCUCCACAGGAAAGGCCAUCUGCCAAGGCGAUUCUGGGGGGCCCCUCGUCUGCGACCUCAGUGCCUGGGUUUUGGUGGGGCUGGCCAGCUGGGGCUUGGACUGCCAGCACCCUAUCUACCCCAGCGUCUUCACCAGGGUCGACUACUUCACCGGCUGGAUCAACAAGAUCCAGAGGCUCACGCCUCCCCCUGAUCCCACGUCUGCUCCUCAGACCCAGUUUCCAGAUCAGCCUUGGCAGGCUGCUGGCUCGUCCAAGCAUGACACAGCGCUCGCUUCUCCUCAGACCUGCCUCCUGCUGCUGUUCGUGCUCAGGGACCCGCAGCAGGCCCUGUGGUGACCCGCUGAGCCCCUCUGUCCUGCUCUCUGCCUCAGGCCCCAGUCAGCUCGCUGGAACUUUCCACGCCUCCCCUUCCCCAGCACCACUGGCUCUCAGUGGUUCCUUCUCCUGGACUUCCUGUUCAUCAGCUGCCAUCCCCUAAGCCAAGCCUGAAAAAAAAACCCAAAUAAAAGACUCAUCUCA